AUGGCCGGGCUCGAGCAGCCUCUGGACGCGAAUGCUCUGAAAGAAGCUCUCCAGGCUCUCGAUGAAGAAUUGGGAAAAUUCGACUUUAUCGUUGCGUUCGCGCCCAUCAAACUCAUCACCGCCGGUGGCUUCCUCGCCGUCAACUACCUCAAAAACCGAGAGACGACCAAAGACCUAAAUUACCUGCUGGAUCCAGAAUGGGCGACAGACGAGGACAUAAAAGGACCCCUGGAGCAGGCAAUCCUUCGCGUAUCGAAAAGUCUUGGGAUAAGUGAACAGUGGGCGAACGAGGACAUGGCACUCUAUGUUACCAAAGAGACUAGGAUACACUUGUUCCGAAAGGCUCUUAAGCAAAAUAUCACCCUAUUCAGAGGCGACCACAUUGUCAUUCUGGCUGCACCCAUCAAGUGGGCUCUGAAGCGCAAAAUCAGAUGGAUGUUCGCGCCGGGCCGAGAUCGCAAGGUCGAGGUUGACAUGAGCGAUCUCCUCGCCAUGCUAAAGUGCAUGCGUGACAAAAAAGGUGGCCCCCUGAACCGAGAGCACCUCCGUACCCAGAGCCUCAAUUCCUUCGACGUCGUGCCGGAUUCGCCAGGGAUGGAGCAAAUCGCCGCUGCCUACCGGGAGAAAUACAAAGAUGAGAUCUUCGCUUGA